AAGCAUUCCGCCAACGUAACUAACCGAAGCAUUGUAUACAAAAAGUUGUGAAAUUUUUUACCUGGAAAAAGCUCAAAUUACAAGAGAACAUGGCUUCAGAGACCUUCGAGGUUUCGCUACACGGUGGCUCUCCUUGGGGAUUUCGUUUGCAAGGGGGAAAGGAAUUCAGGGCUCCUCUUUUAAUCGCGAAAGUAACAGCAGGCAGUAAGGCUGCAAAAAAUGGGAUAAUUGUUGGAGAUAUACUGAUCCGUAUUAACAAUGAACCCUGCGAGGAUAUGACGCACAGCAAUGCAUUGAACUGUGUAAAGAAAUCUGGUAAAGAUCUUAUCCUGACCUUGGAAAGGCGGCCAUUCGAUGCCAACGAGGCUUACUCGUACAAAUCGUUACCGCGUGGCACUAAAAUAACCAAUGGAGAUGUCUCGAAUAAUAACAACGUCAACGAAUACAAGAGUGUCGAGGGCUAUGCAACCCUUCCAAGAUCCAAGCAAAGUAAGAACAACCCUGGUGUCGAGGCUGAGUUGAAACAGAGAAACGAGAGGCCUGACUCCCUGGAUACCAGGUCUUCGUCAGGAGUCUCAUCGAAAUAUACUGAAGAAGAUGAUGAUUUACUGACAAGAGGUUAUGGAGUGAUGUCGCCAUCAAAUGAGGAUUGGUCGCCAGAUUUGAUAUCAGAUGCGGUUCGGACACCUCAACCAAUCAGACUGAUCUCUAUGAACGAGCCUGUUUCAAUGCAAUAUUCAAACACAGAAACACCACGCGUCAAGUCACCCACGACCAUUCACGGUUUCACAGACAAACCCUCGCCCGUGGGUCGUGGAGCCAGAAGAAAUAAUGAUGAAGAAAAUGCAGAUUCCACAGAUAAUGACUUGUUGACGUCUGGUUCUACGGCCAACGAAAAUAUCCCGGAUGAUGACGAAUCAGGUAACCAUAACAACUCUGCUAACUAUAGCCCAGACUCCCACUCGCGGCCGGCGAUCACGCACAUGGUGAAACGGCGCGAAGGUGUGCCUAUGCCGCUACCUGAUGCUAGCGCGGAUAAUUGGCACAAAUAUCAUUAUGUUGAUGAUGAAAGGAAGAAAAAAGCGGCCGAGCAACCAUACAGGAGAUAUUCAUAUCACGGCUCGGUUUUACGAGACGACGAAUCCAAAUUAGCGGAUACAACAGAACGUCCGCGUAUUCAAGCCGGAAGUGGUUGGUAUAAAGAACUGUUUAAAGAAAUGCACACUGGGGCCGGAAAUUCCACUGGCCUGUCCUCGUUGCUCGCGGGCGAUGUUUCCCCGCCUCCCAAAAAUGACGCCCGCGGUCUCUUCAAAAGCUAUCGUGAGCGUGCUACCCCGGCCCAGGAAGCUGGACUCCGCGCGACCAAGGUGCAGGAAACCCAAGCGGAUCCAACAAACUCCGGCCGAUUCUCUCGUCCUGAGGCGAGCAUUGAAACCAAUAAUUCGUACAGACAUUCAAUGUCUUCGUUUCCGUCAUCAACCGAAGGUGUCAAAAUGAGGGAGAAGCCCACCACCCGAAACAACGUGCCAUCUUGGUAUAAAGAAUUUCAAAAAGGCAAAGAAGUGUCUGAAAAAGAGAUCACUGAUGAUCAAAAACAACCAAGAAAUUACCAAGGACAAGCUCCAGGCUCGACUCGUCCUCCCGGCGAUAUCGGACCGGAGUAUCCAGUGGUACGAAGUUAUUCCCUGGGUACAAGACCCGCCUCGGGUCCCGUCGUGCACCGCGAGCCUCCGAAGCGAAUGCAUACACAUAACUAUCAGCAAAAAGCGAACGUGACGAACCCCACGAACCGCGAGACAAUGACCACGCGCAGAGCCGGGCCACCGGUACAAAAGGAACCGGAAAAGCCGUCCGCGAGCAAUUUUUACGAGGAUCACAUGAAGAAAAGACAGUUUAGUCCACAUCCGGAAAGAAGGGCAUCGUACGAGCCCGUGGAUUAUAUCAAACAGUUUGAAGAAGAGGAGGAGAAGAUACGCGAAGAUGAGAGACGAGCGAAGGAAGAUCUGGAAAGAAAAUUACGCGAGGAAGAGAAAGCUAAAGAGGAAGCUGAACAGAGAAGACGCGAGGCUGAACGAAUGAAAAAAGAAGAAAUGGAGGCGAAGAAGAAUCCGAAACACGCCAGAGCAUUGUAUAACUUUAGUCCUCAGUCAUCCAAAGAAAUUGGUUUCAGGAAAGGUGACAUCGUGUUAUUCUAUCGACCUAUUGAUACCAACUGGUGCGAAGGAGAAGCUCAAGGACAGAUUGGACUUUACCCAAUAUCUUAUGUUGAGAUCAUAGAGGAAAGCGCCAACCAAUUAGAAGGCGAAGGAAAGGUGAAAUAUAAUUUCAAAGCAGAAUCUCCAAGAGAACUGAAUCUGCAAAAGGGUGAUAUUGUUGGAAUCAUAAGACAGAUCGACAACAAUUGGUUCGAAGGGGUGAAAGAUGAGAAAAUUGGAAUAUUCCCCGUCUCAUAUAUUGAGGUACUCAAAGAACCUGAAAAUAGUCAAGAAGGUUCUCCAAAACGAGUUCAAGAAGAGGUUAUAGCGAAACAAAAUGGUCUUCCUGAAGUUGAGAGCGCUGUGGACGGAUUCCCAGAACCAAUCUCCCUGGAACCUGAUAUUAACAGCCUUGAUGGUGAAAAAUUCACAGUCGUGUUCACAUAUGCCCCUCAGAACGAGGACGAACUGGAGUUACAAGAAGGGGAUAUCGUAAAAGUUGUCGAGAAAUGCGAUGACGGUUGGUUCGUAGGGAUUUCGGAAAGAACCGGCGAGUUCGGAACAUUCCCGGGAAAUUACGUGAAACUAUUAUAAUGAACAGUCUCAAGAUAUGAAAAGAACACACAAAGAAAAUGCUUUAAAGAAACGCGCGCAAAAGUUGAAAGGUGAGGUAGCAAAAUACGAAACACGUUAUUCGUUUGAAACUAAUUAGCCGACAUAGCUGUGAAGAUACGGAAAGGUAUGAUAUCUUUGGAAGAAACCGACUAGACUUUCUUGAUGGAUGGGAAAACAUGUGGACAAACAA